GAUAAUGUUCCUUCAAAACCCAAAAGAAACUGAGGCCAUGAACGAACUAGAACUAACAAUCGCGUUUCACAAUGGUGGCGCAUCACCAUUAUCUUCUUUACAUUCCAAUUCCAUCGCCAUCACCAUCUCUAUCUGUAUCCCAAUACCGUUCUAUUCCUUUUCGAACAUCACUACCUAAUACCCUCUCCUCUCAUCUCUCUUCAUUCCCAACAACAUCAUCACUCAACAAGCACAACACUUCCAACUCCAUCACCAAAAUUCACUCAAAACCAUUACAAUUUGCUCUCUCUGGAGCCCUCUCCCUUGUGUUGCUACUCGGAGGAACUGGAUUGGCGGAGGCAGCAAAAGUUGGUGUGAACAAGCCAGAGUUGCUCCCUAAAGAGUUUAGCACUGUCAUUGAUGUUGCUGGAUUCCUCUCUGAUGGACAGGAGAAAAGACUAGCACAAGAGAUUGCUGCUAUUGAAAAGGAUACUGGAUUCAAGCUCAGAGUUUUGGCCCAAAACUAUCCUGAUACCCCAGGUUUGGCUGUCAAAGAUUUCUGGCAAGUAGAUGACAGAACAAUUGUCUUUGUUGCUGAUCCUACAUUUGGCAAUAUAUUAAAUUUCAACGUUGGUGCUUCUGUUGAUUUGGACAUCCCACGUAGUUUCUGGAGUCGUUUGGCUGGGAAGUACGGGAACAUUUUCUAUUGGAGAGACAAGGGGGAAGAUGCAUCUGUUGAAGCUGCAGUUAUGGCAAUUUCUAGUUGUUUGAGAGAACCGGUUGGGCCUAAUAAUUGCUCUGAGGUGAAUUGAUUUUGUUGAUUACUAUUAUUCUGUCAUGUGGCAGCCCUUAUUAUCACUUUUGGGUGUAUAGAAAUAAAAGUAUUGAGGAUAGUAUAUUGCAAGUUUUAAUUACAUUAUGUUGAGUGUAAUGAUCAUAUGUACAUUAUUAAUACACAUCGAGUCACGCAAUGUACUUUUGUUGCAUAAAUAGGAGAGGUAAGAUAUUGCAAAUCAA